GAUUUUAGUAGAAUGAACAGCAACUAUUUUUUGGUAGCCUCAGAAAAUAUUUGUCAUUCCAUCAGGCAGAAAUCAAUGAGCGAAUUAUUCGACAUUUUGGAAUAAUAAUCAGCUAUUGGUGAGCUUUCUUCCAACUUCUCUCAAGGGGUUUUACUCAUUUUACGCAUACGGUUUACUGCCAUGAAACUCUGAUGACAUUAACCUUGUUAAUCUUUUCAUCAUGAUGCGCAUGCCUCGGGAAACCUUUGCAAGAUCCCCUCGUUAUUUCCAUCUGCCCUGAUAAGAGAAAUAUAUUCAAAUAAUAUUUUCAAUUUGAAAAAUAGAAUAAAAUAUGGAUUUCGAAGAAUGUGGCUGCUUCGACCCAGCUCUGGAUUACGACGACCUCGUCAACUUUCCUCAUACGUCGGCUCUGUCCCGCACUCAUUCCUUUCCCAACUUUGUCAAAUUAUCGGAAUGCGGACCCGGAUUGAAACGGGCCUCUUCAGAGCGAAGCUUGGCCGGGUUCUCGUCGGCUGAUGGGUACGACUACGAGGGCCCCCUCAUCGGAACCCGGGACGGGCUGGAGGAAAUUGCGUGGCUCAUUGUGAACGGGAUCCCGAUCCGGGCCCCGAGAUGGUUUGAAGACGGGCUGAAAGCAGACCCCACCUUGUUUCUGCGCAAUUUGGCAGCUGUUCGGGUGCCGGAUUUGAAGUCGAAUGACGGGCAUUGUUGUGGAGGUUUGCGAGGAAUUUGCGCAGCGGACUUGACGACUCCGUUCGAUUUGCGAAUUUACGACUUGGAUGACAAGUUGAGGGAGUACAAGUACGGGUUUCCGGAAGACGAUGUUCCCGUGGCGAUUAAGACGGUCCCCGGAGGCGAUAUCAAUCGGUGGAUGGACGAUCUGUUCGCGCAAACUGACCUGGACUCGUCGUUGAGCAGUCUGACCAAGCUGGACUUGGCCGCUGUUUGCUGUUCCGGUCGGAAGUUCAUGGUCUUCCGGGACUGUGUGUACGACGUGAGCCUGUGUGCAGAUUUGUUUCCGGACGAAACCAUGGUGACCGUGAAGACGAGUCGCUGGCAUCAGGUCAUGACCCACGCUGCGAAGAAUUCCUACUUGGAACCGUUCAAAGUGGCCGAGCUCGUCACGGAAACGGAAAAGAAUGCCCGAGAUUCCUACAGGUUGAUGGAGGUGAGCCGAGCUGACGGUGACAAGGACCGACUCUCGCAGAAAAACUCCAUUCUGAAAACUGAUGGUUGGGGAACACCCAAUUACCAGGCCAACAUCUCGUUGUUUCGGGUGCGCGCCUUGCCAGACUCUCUCAAAUGGGCUUCUGUGCGACUUCUGGUGAAAGCAGUUGCAAAAUCCCACCUCACCCCAGACCGGAUGCAGCUCAGUGCCAAGGCCUACACCAAGAACAUGUGUCCAGCCCAGGAACCUUCAUUUCCUGACAAGAAGUCCGACAAUUCCGAACCCGUAGAACCCAUCAUGGAUCUGCCCAAAGAAUCCUUUUUGUCGUUUUUGCCGUCACCGCCGCCCUGCGGAGACGGUGUCGAGCAGCAACAGAGCACACCUCGAUUUCCCAGAGUCGACGCUGGCAAUGACGAUGUAUCGACACUUGAAAUGCUGUCGACUAACAGUGUCGGCGGUGGUGCUGAAGACAAGCAAUCGCAAACUGAGGAUGUGUCAAACGUGGUUUUCCUCCCUCCGGGUUUGGACGUUGUCAGUGGAUGUGAAAGUCGGGAAGGUGAAUGGCGUCAAUCGGGUCCUGCUUUGCGGAGGAGAUUCAGGCCGAGUCAUCAUCAGGCGAAACCGGCUGCAUCUGAGCUUUAUUACGAAGACGAUGAAUUGAUGGGAUUUCAUGAGAGAUUUCAAACCAUGGGAUUUUCCAUUCAAGUCCUCAUUGCAUUUGGUGUUUUCUGCGCGUUGCUGGUGUUUGCCUUCAAACACUGGUGA